AGUGCAGAGAGGCCGGCGAUGCCCUCUGGACCACACGCUGCCCAUGGCGAGGUCCUGGUGUGUUCCUCGACCUCGGCCGAAGGCAUCUCCCUCUGACUCCCUCUUGCAUUCGCCCUUCGGAAAGGGGACCCGACUGUUUCGUUCCCCUUCUGCGUAGGAAGGGCAUAAGCUUGGUGCGUAUGUCCAGCCACCUCUUCUGACUUGGUGAGAGUGAUUUUCCAGUGAUUGCUUUGGCCUGUACAGCCAGAGAACAGGAUUCUUCUCUUCUUUUUGCCCACUAAAUGCCUGUGUGCACCACACAUUCCUGUGAACGAGGAAGGCUGGAGCUUCUUGGAUGACGAUGAACAUCCCACUGGGCAGGAUGAGGGCAGAGUGUGUGACGUUGCCACCACAAGGGUGUGGCCUGAUCUUCCUCGUCGCCCUUCCCAGCCAGCGCCCUGCCUUCUGUAUCCACCAUGGUGUUUGGUGAAUUUUUCCAUCACCCUGGACAAGACGAGGAACUUGUCAACCUGAAUGUGGGGGGCUUUAAGCAGUCUGUUGACCAAAGCACCCUCCUGCGGUUCCCUCACACCAGACUGGGGAAGUUGCUAACUUGCCACUCUGAAGAGGCCAUUCUGGAGCUGUGCGAUGACUACAGCGUGGCUGACAAAGAGUACUACUUUGAUCGGAACCCCUCCUUGUUCAGAUACGUGCUGAAUUUUUACUACACUGGGAAGCUGCAUGUCAUGGAGGAGCUGUGCGUGUUCUCCUUCUGCCAGGAGAUCGAGUACUGGGGCAUUAACGAGCUCUUCCUCGACUCCUGCUGCAGCAAUCGCUACCAGGAGCGCAAGGAGGAGACCCAUGAGAAGGACUGGGAGCAGAAGAGCCAGGAGGUGAGCACCGACUCCUCGUUUGAAGAGUCGUCCCUUUUUGAGAAAGAGCUGGAGAAGUUUGACAAGCUGCGGUUCGGUCAGCUCCGGAAGAAAAUCUGGAUUCGAAUGGAAAACCCAGGCUACUGCUUGUCUGCCAAGCUGAUCGCCAUCUCCUCCCUGAGUGUGGUGCUGGCCUCCAUCGUGGCCAUGUGCAUCCACAGCAUGUCGGAGUUCCAGAACGAGGAUGGGGAGGUGGAGGACCCGGUGCUGGAAGGUGUGGAGAUCGCGUGCAUCGCCUGGUUCACCGGGGAGCUUGCCAUCCGGCUGGUUGCCGCUCCCUGCCAAAAGAAAUUCUGGAAAAACCCUCUGAACAUCAUCGACUUUGUCUCCAUCAUUCCCUUCUAUGCCACGUUGGCGGUGGACACCAAGGAGGAAGAGAGUGAGGACAUUGAGAACAUGGGCAAGGUGGUCCAGAUCCUUCGGCUUAUGCGGAUUUUCCGUAUACUAAAGCUUGCCCGGCACUCGGUAGGACUUCGGUCUCUAGGUGCCACCCUGAGACACAGCUACCAUGAAGUAGGGCUGCUGCUUCUCUUCCUAUCUGUGGGCAUUUCCAUCUUCUCUGUGCUGAUCUACUCUGUGGAGAAAGAUGAGCACACGUCCAGCCUCACCAGCAUCCCCAUCUGCUGGUGGUGGGCCACCAUCAGCAUGACCACGGUGGGCUAUGGCGACACCCACCCUGUCACCUUGGCUGGGAAGCUCAUUGCCAGCUCCUGCAUCAUCUGUGGUAUCUUGGUGGUGGCUCUUCCUAUCACCAUCAUCUUCAAUAAGUUUUCCAAGUACUACCAGAAGCAAAAGGACAUUGAUGUGGACCAGUGCAGUGAGGACCCACCAGAGAAGUGUCCUGAGCUACCUUACUUUAACAUUAGGGAUAUUUAUGCCCAGCAGAUGCACACCUUCAUUACCAGUCUGUCUUCCAUAGGCAUUGUGGUGAGCGAUCCCAACUCCACAGACGCUUCCAGCAUUGAAGACAAUGAGGACAUUUAUAACACUGCAUCUUUGGAGAACUGUACAGAAAAAUGAGCAGGGACGUCUGUGCCUGGAUCUUGUGUCCCUUCCCGACAAUAGGUUAACACAGCUUUAUAAACCUCAAUGGGUUCGUUAAAGUCAUUUAAUUCUCAGGGUGUACCUUUCAGCCAUAGUUGGACAUUCUUUGCUGAAUUCUGAAAUGAUAGAAUUGUCUUUAUUUUUCUCAGUGAGAUCAAUUAAAUGCCUUGUUCUGAAAUUUAUUUUUUACAAGAGAGAGUUGUGAUAUGGUUUUGGAAAAAAAGGUAAAUGGUAUUGGGUGGGAUUUAUUGCUACGGCUUAUGCAUCAUUCUGUGUCUGUCAUUUACUCACAUUGAGCUAAUUGUAAAUUACUGACAAGUAGAAUCAAAGGUCCAGCUGACUGAAGACUACAUGCAUGUAAGAUCCGCAGAAUGAGACAAUGCAUGUAAAUCCAUGUUCAUGUCUAGACAUGGAAAUUAGGAGCCUAAUAAACUUCCUAAUUCAGUAUGG